AUGAACUCAAACAUGUUGAAGGUUGUGCCAGAGGACAGGGUGCGUCUUUCCGUUCGCCAUCUUCUGGUGCUGGUGCUGCGCGAUCCCGGCGAAGUUGCAGAUGGAGCAGAUUCUGCAGAUAAACCAUCUGGCAAGAUCCUCGAUGAUAUCUCGUUCGAUCUUGAAUCUGGUAACAUGUUAGCGAUUGUGGGAGCAUCUGGAAGUGGUAAAUCGUCUCUCCUAAACACAUUGGCACAACGGUUCAAUGUUCACAGUAAACGAUUACAGCUUCUGGGAUCUAUUUUGUUAGCUGCUGCAUGUGGGUCGCUGCAGGAUUCUGCGAUGGCUGCAAUUAACAGCGCUUAUCUCCAACAAACUGACAUAUUUUUGCCUGGACUUACAGUGUAUGAGACGCUCAAGUACAAAGCCGACUUGCGGCUCCCUGCAAGUGUUCACUCGUCUACAAAAGACAAAUUGAUCGCUUCCUUGUUGAAUGUUCUAGGACUCGAACAUAUCCGUGAUAAGAGAAUCUUGUCAUUUGCAACCCAACAAACUACGCUUUCUGGUGGAGAACAACGACGUAUAUCUUUAGCAAUUCAGCUUCUUAGUAUGCCGCCAUUGUUAUUUUUGGAUGAACCUACAACGGGACUCGAUGCAACUAGUUCGCUCAAGCUCGUUCAAAUAUUACGAACCCUAGCAUCGCCAGAAUUUGGCUUCACGAUUCUCCUUUCAAUUCACCAGCCUCGACCAGAGAUUUCUGUGCUCUUUGACAAACUUUGUGUUUUAACCCAUGGAGGCAGAAUGGUAUAUUACGGCAGUUUGGUGGAAAGCAGUAGGUACUUUGCCAACAUUGGUUUUCAAGCUUCCAACAAUAUCGAUUACAUUAUGCAACUUUCCGUCAGGGAUACGCUGACCAUCGAGGCAGAACGUCAAAGUAACCUUGUUAUAGAUCAAUUGGUUACGGCUUGGAAGGAACACAACUACUACGAACCAUUGAAUCUUACUGAACAGCAACAAAAAGCAGGGUUUGAAGCUACUUAUAAGCAGCUUACUCUGUCCCAAGAAAGCCGUAUUACUCUUUUUAGAGAGGUGAUGGUACUAACGAAACGAAAUAUGUUGACUUCGAUAAGAGACAUAGGUUCUCUUUUGGCUCUUAUUGGAGGAGCCAUAGUUCUCGCUAUCACAUUAGGGUGGAUGUUUUACAAACCAGGAAGUGAUUUGGCUGGUAUAAGAUCGACCACAUCGUCUUUAUAUGUCAUUCUCGAAGUGAUUGGGUUUUCUCCAUUAUUCGUUGACUUGGUAAGAUUGUGUCUCAUUGAUGGAGUUUACUACUUUUCUGAACGCCAGGAAAAUAUCGUCAGUGUACCAGGGUUUCUCAUUUCCAGAAGACUUGCAAAAUUGUUCAUUGAAGAUAUUCCAACCUCAUUGAUCUUUUCUUCAAUAUCUUACUUUAUGUGGGGUUUGCGAAUGGAAGACGGUAAUGGAAACCGAAAUGUGUCCUACUUUUUCAUCUGUGCUGUUAUAACGUUUCUCGUGUACUCAAUUGGUAUGGCAAUGGCAACUUUCAGUUUUGCACUUGCUCCAUCGUUUCCUAUGGCCAGUAUGAUCUCCAACAUCUUCUACCAGUUACAAAAUAGUGCUUGUGGCUACUUUGUGAAUGCAAAAACAAUGCCGGUAUACGUCCGGUGGACCAAGUAUAUUGCCCACUUUUGGUACGCAUUUGGAGGACUUACUUCAAACCAGUAUACUGACUGGAAAGGUACUUGUCGAGGCUCAGCCCAAGAAUGUGUUACAUAUUCCGGAAAUUAUCAACUCCACGAGCUUGGAUAUCCUAAAAAUUGGAUUGCACAGCCUAUUGGAAUUUUGAUUGCCUGGUUGGUUGCAUUUUACAUUUUCGCAGCCAUUGCUCUAUAUUACCAUAAUGGGUCUUCUGGGGUUGCCAAGCAUAAGACAAAUACAAUUGGAGAUGAAGUUGAUACCCAGACAGAAAACAGAGACGAAAAAGUGCCAGCAAGCGAUCAAACCGAUAUUGACAAUCAAGAAAAAGUUUCUAUUGCACUUGAAAAUAUUAGCAUGUCAAUUCAACCAAAAUGGUGGUCUAUCAAAAAACCUCAACCACUAACCCUACUUGACAAUGUCUCUGCUGAAUUUGCAGCAUGCCAGCUCAAUGUCAUAUUGGGACCCUCAGGCAGCGGGAAGUCUACGUUACUCAAAUUUUUAUCGAACAGAAUCUCCAAAUCAACUGCAAAAAAAGUAAGUGGUUCAAUGAAGGUAAAUGGUUCCCAAGACAUCACACCAUCACAACUAGCAACCAUAUCUGCCUACGUUGACCAAAGCGAUGAUUCUCUCAUUCCAACUUUAACAGUACGAGAGACCCUUUUUUUCCAAGCCCGUUUGAGACUUCCUGAAGAAAACCAUGAUAAAAUACCUUCCAUUAUUAUAUCGUUGAUGAGAAAAGUAGGGUUAUUGGAAUGUGCCGAUACGGUGAUCGGAUCCUCUAUACGGAAAGGAAUAUCUGGAGGAGAAAAACGGCGUCUUUCAAUUGCAAUACAGCUUCUAAGUGAACCCAAGGUGCUCUUUUUAGACGAGCCAACUUCUGGUUUAGAUUCGACUACGGCAAGAACUAUUCUCACCAUGUUGGUAGACCUAGCAGUUCAGAACAACACAACAGUGAUAACCACCAUCCAUCAGCCCAGUGAUGAUAUGUUCCAUGAAUUUGGAAGUGUCUUGUUACUUGCUCGCCAUGGUACAAUGAUUUAUCAAGGAAAACCAAAUUCAAUUCAGCCAUAUUUGGAGCUGAAGGGAUACUUUAAACCAGAAACGAUGAAAGUAGCUGACUUUAUGCUAGAUCUACUUUCACCCACAUUGGAGGAGACCCCAGAAACCAUAGAGGCUCGUAUACAAAUGUUGAGGACAGAAUGGUUGUAUCAUCAAAAACAAAAAUUUGACGAGCAAAAAUAUAGUGGAGACAUCGACUUGGUUCAGUACAGACACAAACGUGCUCGGUUUAUGGUUGCUCUAAAGGUGAUAACUCAUAGACAACUUCUCAAUUCAUGGCGGUCGUUAGAUGUGGUUUUUGCAAGAGCCAUGCAAACGGUUUUGUUGGCCAUUAUUCAUACCUUGUACUUUACGCCACUUCGAAAUAGUCAAAUUGGCAUAAGUAACCGACUCGGAUUAGUUCAAGUGGUAUUGAACAUGUAUUUUGUUGGUUUCAUCAAUAAUCAAUCGUUGUACCCAAUAGAACGAGACUUGUUCUACAAAGAGUACAAGGAUGACAUUUACGGCACAUGUGAAUUCAGUGUUUCUUACCUUAUCAAUGAGCUUCCUAUCGAGAUAUUGCCAUGCUUUUUUUUUGCAGCUCUUAUUGUUUUUGGUCCUGGUUUACCUAGGAACGCAGGCAUGUUCUUUAGUAUGUUUCUCACCAGUUUCAUUUCCAUGAAUUGUGGUGAAUCGUUGGGAAUUCUUGUCAAUAGCGUGGUGAAGCACUUGGGAUUGGCAGCAAACGUUUUGGGUAGCAUUAUUAUGUUUGCAUUGUUUAUGGGAGGAACAAUGUCGCUUAAUAUGCCACCAUUUUUCAAAGGGUGGAAUUACAUUAAUCCUAUGAAAUAUGCAGUGGGAAUUUGCGCCGAGCUCGGAUUUCGAAACCAGGUAUUUGACUGUCCUGGAAAUUCCGAUUGCCCUCUUUCAACUGGAGAAAAGGUUUUACUAGCUUACAAUCUUGAACUGAAUGUGCCGCGUUAUUUCGCAGCCUUUGUUGGAUGUCUUGUGGUGUAUCGAGUGCUUGCGACAGUUGCAGUAUAUGUUAAAGUUAGAUAUUUUAUAUAG